UAUCUUUGCUGCGUGCAGUAGACGUGUAUGUUGUGGUUGUGUAGCAGUUCCACAAGGAUGGGCGGUAGACUUCUUAACCUGUUAAUUAUUGGCGCGUCGGCUUUAUUUGCCUACGCAAAUGCUGGCGGGGAAACUCUUGUGCUGUUGGAUAAUCUUGCAAUAAAGGAAACACAUUCUAUGUUCUUUAAAUCAUUGCAGGAACGUGGGUACACUUUAACAUUCAAGUCAGCUGAUGAUGCUGGAUUGGUCUUGUCAAAGUAUGGGGAAUUUCUGUAUAAGCACUUGAUUAUCUUUGCACCCUCUGUUGAGGAAUUUGGUGGAUCACUAAGUGUUGAAUCAAUAACUGAAUUCAUAGAUGGUGGGGGAAAUGUAUUGGUGGCUGGCAGUUCCAGUUCUGGGGAUGUGCUAAGGGAGUUGGCCUCAGAGGUGGGCUUUGAGAUGGAUGAGGAGGGUGCUUCUGUCAUCGACCACCUCAACUAUGAUGUCAAUGACCAGGGAAAGCACACACUGAUUGUAGCAGAGCCAGCAAACUUGAUUGAAGCACCUACUAUCACAGGCCCUGUGAAAGACCUGCCUCCACUAUUAUUCCAGGGUACUGGCCUGGUGGCUGACAGAGAGAAUCCUUUGGUUUUGCCAAUUCUGCAUGCCAGCUCCUCUGCAUAUUCAUAUUCACCUGAUCAGCAGUUACGUGAGUAUCCUCAUGCUGUUGGACGGAAUACGCUUCUGAUUGCUGCCCUACAGGCAAGGAACAAUGCAAGGGUCAUCUUCUCAGGUUCAUUGUAUUUCUUCUCAGAUGAGGCUUUCACGUCACCUGUGCAGAAAGCUACAGGUGGACAGAGGUUUUCUGUAUCAGGAAACAAGCAAGUGGCACUGGCUUUGAGUUCAUGGGUGUUCCGAGAGAGCGGUGUACUGAGAGUGCGCUCAGUCUCUCAUCAUCGUGAAGGAGAACGUUCACCCCCGCCUGCAUACACAAUCAUGGACAAUGUUGUUUAUACAAUUGAAAUUGAGAAAUUACAGGAUGGAAGAUGGGUACCAUUUGAUGCAGAUGAUGUGCAGCUUGAGUUUGUUCGCAUUGAUCCAUUUGUGAGAACUACUUUGAAAAGGGGAACUGGUGGUCGGUAUGAAGCUAGGUUUCGUAUACCUGAUGUUUAUGGUGUUUUCCAGUUUAAGGUUGACUAUAACCGCAUAGGAUGGACACAUCUCUUUUCUACUACACAGGUGUCUGUCAGGCCAUUACAGCACACAGAAUAUGAACGUUUCAUCCCAAGCGCAUACCCCUACUACUUCAGUGCAUUCUCAAUGAUGGGAGGGGUAUUUCUCUUCAGUAUAGUUUUCCUGCACUAUCGGGAAGACACAAAGACAAAGGCCGAGUAAAACAGAUGAAAAUGCAAAAGUGCACAGUACACCUGUAAAAUAAUUUAAUCAGUGAUGUUUGUGAAAGUCAGUGUGUAAACUGUUGCGAAUUCAGCUCACGAAAACAUGAAAUCAUAUUAUGUGUUUUAUUGAAUACACUCAUACACUGCAUGAAUGGUGAAAGUUCCUUGGAACUCCAAUCAAUAAUUAAUAAAUGUGUGCCUGAAGUAUGAACCCUAAAUUUGUUAAUGUGCUACUGACUGUUUCUAAUGCGUGAAUCACUUUCCUCGAAGGACUGUAUCUUUCUAUUUAAUUCUGUAAGAAUAUUACUCACAGCUGUGAUGACUGAAAUUGUUGAGAAUAAACUUGUUGUAUUGGACUAAAA